AUGAGGUUCCUUGUGCUCUUGCUAUGUCUCUCAACAUGCAAUGCGUUUGUGGACUAUUUCCGGAUCGGCACCAUUUUUUCGGAUGAGAAUAUGACGUUCCGAAAGAUGAUUGUCGACCUGACCUCGACCCAUUCUUUUGUCCUCGACUACGACAAGUUCUCGUCGCACGGAAAGAACAACGCUUUUAAUCUGAACAACUCUACCACUAAGCUCAACACUACGCAAGAAUUCAGAUACCAAUAUUCAGAGGAGUAUAAUCCGGGGGCUUCUGAAGUUUCUGGCUUCAUUUUCCAAGAUGAAUUAUAUGCCUUGGGCAGUGUGGUAAAUGUGAGCUUUGGCGUUGCGCAGAGAAUCACUGGAAAUGAUGACCCAAGCGUCUUUGACACCCUUCCGAACGCUGGAAGAAUUGGGUUCUCCAGAGCGCCUGGGGCAGCAAUUAGAGAUGCUAUGUUUGCUCGGGAAGAUCGCCUUCAACGAAUUUUGUGUUUGUACGUGGCGGUUUUGCUGUUGGAUGAGUAAGUUUACAUUCGCCAUUUUAAUAUGUAAUCUGUUCUUUCAGAGGAACUUUCCCUGUCAUCACCAUGGGUGGUCCUGCCUACCGCCCAAGCCUUUUACGAACAAUUGCUCCGUCUCCUCCCAAUCCCGGAGGACUCUGGACAUUCAAUGUCAAUCGCAUCGAUGUUGGCAAGUUCCAUAUCACCGAGGUCCCUGAAGCCACUCUUUCCACCACUCUCGAUGCAAUUUCUUUACCCACGGGACUCUUCGACAAAGUAAUUAUGGCCACCGACGGUCAUUUCGAUGAAUCCGUUGGAGGAUUUGUUGCUGCCUGCAGUCAAGAUAUUCCAAUUAACGUCGGAGUGAACAACGCUACCAUUCCAAUAAGAUACGAUGCCUACACAAAAAAUCUAGGCGAAAAUCGCUGUCUGUUGAAGUUAAGGAAGACUGAGGAGAGCAUCGCACUUGGAGCUCCAUUCUUCUUUUCCAAUGGAGUUUGUUUGGACUAUGACGCCAACGAAGUUCACUUCUUUGAUGCAACAGCGCGCGACGAGGACGAUCUGAACGCCCUUUCCGCCAAUAAAAGAAUAUGGUAA